AUGUCAACAGCCACCGUCACCACCAUGCAAAGCAGCCAACAACCAGUUGUCCCAAAGGACUUCUCCGCCAAACAACCGCAGACAAUCCGCCUCUACCCGCUCUCCAACUACACAUUCGGCACCAAGGAAACACAACCGGAGGAGGACCCCUCCGUGCUCGCUCGCCUGAAGCGUCUGGAAGAACACUAUGAUAAACAUGGCAUGAGGCGCACCUGCGAGGGGAUCCUAGUUUGCCAUGAGCACAAUCAUCCGCAUGUGUUGAUGUUGCAGAUUGCGAAUGCGUUUUUUAAGCUACCAGGCGACUACCUCUACCACGAAGACGAUGAAAUCGAAGGCUUUAAGAAACGGCUCAACGAGCGGCUCGCGCCCGUCGGCUCGCAGUUCUCGGGCGAGGGCGUCAACGAGGAUUGGGAGAUUGGCGACACGCUUGCGCAGUGGUGGAGACCGAACUUUGAAACGUUCAUGUACCCGUUCUUACCGGGCCAUGUGACGCGGCCCAAGGAGUGCAAGAAGCUUUAUUUCAUCCAGUUGCCGAAGAAGAAGGUCCUCUCCGUCCCUAAGAACAUGAAACUCCUCGCCGUCCCACUCUUCGAGUUAUAUGAUAACACCGCUCGCUACGGCCCGCAGCUCUCGGCGAUCCCACAUCUCCUGUCGCGGUAUAACUUUGAGUUUGUUGAUGAGAACGAUAACGUUGUGGCGGCGACGCCUGGGACACCAAUGCCCGAGGGCCAGAUUCCCCGAACAAAGGUUCUUGCUGGGGAUGAGCAGGAUCAGGGAAUGGCCGAUUACACGGAGGGAGGUGAGAAUGGCCAGGGACAGUGA